GACUGUCAUUUACAAAAUUUGUUUUUUUUUUGUGCCAAUAUGACCAAUACAAUGGAGGAGUUAUUGAAGGAUUUGAACUAUGAUUUCAACUAUUUAUUGUACGAAGUUCGUAGAGCAAUGCGAAAUCUCAAUUUCGAAAAUCGACGCACAGUAGAAGCUUGGAUACAUAAACUGUCUACAGCUAACCAAUCUUUGGAGGAGGUCCGCCUGAGAAAUGAUUUUUUGUUCUAUCUGGGAAGGAAUUGCGAGGAAGGAACUCUUUUACCUCCGUUCGACCAAACACCACCUCCUGGAUAUGUUUUGAAUUCUACUCAUUUAAUGCCAAGUUUAGGUACGGAAAUGACGGCUUCCGCCAGUAGCAGACCUAUAUACGAGACCUACUCGGGACCCUCAACCUCGGCUCAGCAGUUACAAAAUGCGGAACUACUCAAACGGUCACCGGACGGCGGUUCAUUUUUGGUAUCGCAACCAGUGCCCCGAUGUGGGGCAUUUUGCUACAUUGCCGUUGUCAGUAAACAACCGAAAUAGUACACUUACCUGGC